CUAGCCGGGGUGGUUGCAUAGAUCCCGAGGGUUCAUUCAAUUGGUAAAACGUCUCCAACAUGAUGGCGCAGCCUAGGCCAAAGACCAACACUUACUCGUAACUAAUAAACAAAAGGUCGCACCCGUUAGCGGCCGACACAUUUACAAAUGCCCUACAGCCCUGUGCCGCCCAUCCUACAUAAUUAAUCUUCGCAGCGUCUUUUACUCCUUUUCAGAUAUCCCGUCACCGAAUACUACUAAUAUGAGUAGCUGCGAUGGAGUCUCAGGUUCAGCCAACUGCAGCUUUACAUGCCCAAAAGGCGGCAGUUGGUUCGUCUGCCAAAACGAGCCGUAUUUUGUCGGCUGCUGCUCUUCCGAGCCCUGUGCCAACUCAGGCUGCCCCGAUGUCUACCCAGCCUCCUUCAACCACAGUGUCGCGAAUGAAAUCUUACCAAACGUCUGUAUAUCUCGGCCCACCACAGAUUGGUAUACGUGCAACACUACAUCGCCUACAUUCCUGGGAUGCUGUAAAAGUAACCCGUGUGGAGAUGGAUGUCCGGCAGAUGAUCUCCUGCCCGCCGCCUGGAGUUCAUCAGCGGUCGGACAGCUGGAUUUGUUCUUAGAUGGUGCCAGUUCCCCCUCUACAGCCUCUGCGGGCUCGUCGGGGAUAUCCUCUGGGGCCAUUGCGGGAAUAGUGGUUGGUUGUGUGGCUGGUCUGUGUGCCAUCUUUGCCGUUCUAUUUUUUUUUCGAAGACGUCGGAAACACAAGAAGUCGUCUCACGAUUCGACGGCAUACCAUGCCCAUAUGUCAUCCUAUCAAGACUCGUAUAUCGGCAGCCCCGACCCAUCCGUCAAAUACGCGUCUGGCUCUUCGGCCGGAUUUACACUACCGUCGUCACCGCCGUUUAGUCCGAAUAGUGUCAGAGGGAUCUCAGAGAUAUACUCCAAAAGUGAUGAUCAGGCUCAUUCAGAUCAGGACAGGCGCGUAUCAGUAAUGCCAACGGCCGAGCAAGUCAUCACUGAACUGGAUGUUGAUCAAACUCCGCGGCGAACGGAGGUUUAUGAAUUAGAUGGAGGUAAUCAUUGAUAUCCAUUUUCUUAUAUGCUCUAAGGCUGCCUGUGUGUAUUAUAUAAUAUAUCUAAUGGAGGGACUAAAUGUGCUUUAUCUUCCGCCUCAUUCUUAAUUUGGGGAUGGUAGAAUUCUUGAGGUUAGUUUGAAUUGAGACUUGUUAGGCUGAUAAGGCCUCUGAUAGCACGGUGGCAGUGCAUGAUACUAUAAAUGCAGCUUAAACCCCC